CGUCUUCGUUCUCUUUCUGUAAAAGUUAUAGUCAUUGAUUGUUUAAAGGUGUCAAUCCUUGUCAACCUUAUAUCCUCCUCAUAAAUAAGUUGAAUAUUUGUAAAAUAGCUUUCGCGCGUCUGUGCUAUUUUAUUGGGGGAGAAGCAUCUGUAUAAAGAUUCCACAAUGGCUGAAUCACUUGCCAAGAGUUUUGCUGCAAAGGAGUUUAAUCCUGAGAAAUUCGUAAAGGAUCUUAGUGCACAAUGCAUUGGUGCAGAUGAGCUUAGAUUGCAACGAGCAAAAAUUCAAGAGCUUUCAGACAAAACUUCUGCACAACUUAAACGCAAUGUUUAUCAGAAUUACAUGCAAUUCAUUGAAACUGCCAAGGAAAUAUCUCAUCUUGAAAGCGAGAUGUAUCAACUUUCUCAGUUACUCAGUGAACAAAGAUCCUUACUCGGUGCUCUGGGUACAACUAGAGCUACAGGAGUAGUGUUUGAAGAUGUGCUAGAGUCGCAAGAAGAGAGUUCAAACAAUUCAAUUUCCAAGGAGGAGGAGCAAAAGCAGAAAUUAGUACAAAUAUUAGAGAAUGUGGAGGGUGCUAUGAGUUUAGUUGAGACUCCUGGUCGUGUUUGCUUGCAUGAAGGGUCACUAUUGGAAUUAGACCCCUUGGAGGGUACACCCUUAAAAAGAAUACAUGCAUAUUUAUUUAACGAUAUCCUAAUGAUUGCAUCUUGGCUGGCAACUGGUGGACGAAGAGGGCCACCGCGAUAUAAAAUGCAGGCUGUCUAUAACUUGCAAAGUCUAGCUGUAGUAAAUGUCAGAGACUUGGGGACAGUAAAAUUGGCAUUCAAACUUCUUGCAUUUCCUGAUACCAGAGUUUUCCAAUGUGCAUCUGCAACGAGCAAGAAAGAAUGGUUGGAUAAGUGCGAGCAAGCAAAAAAAGCACGAUUAACACAAGAUAACCAAGAGACUUCCAAUAAGAAUCAAUCAAAAGAGGAAGUGACUGUGCCAUCACGUUCAAUGUCGCUAGACUCAGCAACUUUAGGAAUGGAAGAUACCUCUGAUAUGGAGUAUCAGGAACCUCUUCCAGAGUGGUUACUAGAGGUAACGGAAGAUUUAGAUUCCUGUAUAGCUCAACGCCACUUCGAGGAAGCGCAUAAUCUCCUCGAGAAAGCAAAAGCAUACCUAAGCGAAGUUCAGAUUACACCACAAUUAUCUGACAUAAAAUCAAAAGUGAAUGACAGGGGUCAAUCCUUGGUAGACGUUCUCACUAAAGAACUCGAAUUAAGUUCUGAAUCAAAGUCUCUUCAAGGAGGUGGCUUAAGAAGUGCCAGACGUGCAGUCAGACUCCUGAUUCAGCUUGAUCGUAGUGCACAGGCAUGUCAAUUAUUUCUGCGAUUAUGCAGUGCCGCCCUUAAGGCGCGUUUAAAGAGAGUCAAAAGAGAAGGCGCUACAAUACCAUAUGUGAAGCAACUGAGUGCAAUAGCUUUCAGCAAUAUGGUAGAAAUGGCACGUGAAUUCUUAAGAAUCUUUCCCCAAAACGCAAAUUGUACAUCCGGAUUGGCAGUUUGGUGCAGUCAGGAAGUCAAACACUUGACAUCCCAUCUAAUAAAACAGGUUUUCAUUCCACAAGUGUCAAUCAGCACUCUAGUUGAGUGCAUCGUAGCAGUCAGAGGUCAUUGCGAUCAGUUGACACAGCUGGGCAUUGACUUCCGGUACCAAUUGGAUGGUCAGCUAAGAUCUCCUCUAACCAGAGCACUACAGGAUUCAGGCGAAAAAUACGUCGAUGCUGUUAAGGUUCGCGCUGCAGAAGAUACAUGGCGUCCAUCUAAUCUUCAAUCCAGUCAGAAUUUACAAAAACUAUUAGGCGAAUUUGAAGAUCUUGGUAUCCCCAUACCCGACUUGUGUCUUACCAGUGAUUGCUGGAUAUCGUUGACCAACAACACUCUUGCCUUCUCAAGGCUUUAUGUUGGACUCCUUGAGGAUUGCUUAAGCGUCGCGACGCCUGAAUUAAUAUCAACUAUUGACAGUGUUCUUGUGUCUGUGAUGAGAACACAGGUACAGCACUUGAUGCUGUCAUUGACAAAUCCAAAACUGAAGCAGGAGAGGAAAUUAGUCCAGGAUAAUGCUGCGUAUGUUCGUGACGUGAUCAUCGAGCGUGGAUUGGAAUUGUACAAAGGUGCUACAGGUCGUCGGUUCGUUAAAUUAGUAGCACUUAAGGAACAGAUUGUUUUUGAACCCGUAUCUACUUCAAAACCCAAACCAGCACCUAGGACUUCGGUACAGAAAUACUCAACCACGGAGUACCUUUGAGAUGUGAUAGCAUAAAAUCAAACUGUAUAAUUGAGAAGUAUGAAGAUAUUGAUUCUUUUUAAUAGAUUUAUUAUUUGUGUAUAACAUUAUA